GAUAUGGAUUCAGCUGGUUUCAAGGGUUUCAUUCUCCUUUAAUAAAAAAUGUCAACCUAUUCUGUCAAAUUAUCGAAAUGCGUGACAUCCUUUCACAUUUCACACUUUCACGCAAAUGUGCGCUUGGCAUACUAUUCCUGGGUAUUUUAGCAAGACUUUUAGCUGGGAUGCCAAGCGCAAGCAUUAACAAAUUUUGCCGUCGAAUCUUUGGUUUUAUUCCAGCGGUACGGAAAAAAAGAUCAUCAGCGCCUUUGGCCGCGCGCGCCGGCUAGCUAUACGCUAAAAUUGCGACGUUCUUGCUUCUCGUGUCUAAUUUUUGAGUCAUAUGGAUUAUGAUCAAAUGGAGCUUAUAAGGUGAAGGGUGAAGGAAUCAAAUUAAAUUUGUUCUGACAGAUUACAUUUUACCAGAAUUCUUCAAACAUGGCCACCAAGAAAAGAGUCAUUCGAAUCAUUGAAUGGGAUGACAUGGACAAGCGAAAGUUCUUUGGGUUUGGUGCCAUGCUGUCAUUUGCUGUUCGGACUUCAGUCUAUCCUUCCCAUCUCAUCAAGACCAGACUUCAAAUGCAGCAUCAAAACAGCCUCUACAAAGGGACAUGGGAUGCAUUAAAGAAAAUCAUCAAAUAUGAAGGGGUCAGAGGAUUAUACAAGGGUUUUGCUGUGAAUCUUGUAUCUAUAGGUUCAGAGCAAAUGUACAUUCUUAGCUAUGAGAUGAUGCGAAAGGCUUGUGAGAAUAUGGACAACACCCCUCGUACUUUCAUAGCUGGUGGAUUUGCCUCUCUGGUUUCACAGACAAUACGGGUGCCUGUUGAUGUUCUAUCCCAGAAGACUAUGAUGCUGGGACUAGCAGUUGAUGCAAAGACAGUAACCAAACCCGUAAGGUUCAAUGAUGUUUUUAAACUUGCCCAAGAAACAUACCAUAAUCAUGGGUUCUUUGGAUUCUACAGAGGAUAUGUUGCUUCCCUAUUGACAUUUGUUCCUAACAGUGCUCUUUGGUGGACAUUCUAUCACAACUACACAGAACUAAUUGCCUCCUGCCUGAAUACCAGUCUUCAACUCCAAGUGCCUAUUCUAGCUAUUCAGGCAGUCUCAGGGUCCUGUGCAGGAUGCAGUGCAGCAUUUAUCACAAACCCUAUGGAUACUGUUCGGACAAGAUUACAGGUCACUGGUCAGAAGUCCAUCACUAAGACGUUUCGCCAACUGCUUGCAGAUGAAGGCAUGGGGGGACUGACCAAAGGAUUGACAGCACGCCUCCUGUCUACCAUCCCGACCAGUCUCAUCAUUGUACUAGGCUAUGAGACCAUCAAGAGAUUUAGUUUACGGAAAGAACUCAUGGACAGUAUCCAAUGGUGACAUUAGUUUUUGGUUUGUAGUUAGUUACAAUAUGAUUAUAGACUCUUACAUGUAUAAUAAUGGAAUAUUUUAUGAAAUAUGUAUUUUUUUAAGUCCUAUGAUUUCAUACAUGCAUGUACUUGUAUGUCGUUCUAUCAGGCCCCCUGUGUGUGGUUGUACUUUGUAAAUUGAGGUUUCUGUUUCUGAUUUCUUUACUACCGUAAUAAAUGCUUGAGUAUAUAGAUGAUUGAACACUUCAACAUUAAAAACAAAGAAUUAUGGAGAUUAAUUAUAAGAAAAUGUAUUGCAACUUGUGUCUGCACCUGAAUUUUAACCAUAUGGCUAUGAAGAUUUUUUUUUUUCUAGGGGGGUACUGAAUAACCAAUCUUGUCUUUUAAUAUGAUUCAUUUUUUCACCAUUAUUUUAUGAAUUUUUUGUUUCACAUCUAGUGCAUAUUUUGAACACAAUGAUUUUGCAGUUCCAGAGCUGUUCCCUUUGAUUUGUGUUAAGAUGUUCUGUAGGGAAUGUUUCCAAGUACAUUUUCCCCCAAACCCUGCAUCUCAUCAUAGGUCUAGAAUUUAAAUUUUCUUUGGGCAGUGCCCCCUUUCUCUUGUUCACAUUAAAGUACAGUGGAAAAUUUAAAAAGCUGUACAGAGAAAACCAAAGGCCAAUGUAAAGGAUACUAUUAGUUGUCCUGGAUUAAUGUCAGCCAUAACAUCAGCUCUAAGAUUGUAGGAUUAUGUUUUUGAAAAAAGUUGCAUAUACAUGUAAAACAAACUAUUUAACAAAAUGAAGUAUUACAUAGGAAAUUAUAUAACAGGUUCAAGGAUGUAGCCAACAGUGAGUGCGUGUACAAGUCACAUUUUCAUGCUUUUACCCUAAUAAUACUGGGGGGGGGGGGCUGAUUCACUCCCUCAACAUUUUUCGCAAUAAUUCCGCCGCACAAAUUUCUUGACCAUGUCGCUCACUAACUUUUUACUUUCAUCAUUUGUAUAUUAUAAGUAGAGACAUAUAAAUCAAAAUCAGAAUUUAGCCCCAAAUUUGAAUAUAUGCAGUCAUUGGUUUGAAUAAAAUAUAUGACAGUAUUCAUUAUUUACAAUUACAAAACAUGAUUGCUGAAAGGUGCAUGUACUCAUAAUACCUCAUUAUUAACAAUGAAGAACACUUGAAUGAAAAUAAGCACAGAAAUUAGAAUCAAUGUAUUUUUAAUUUCAUGAGAAAUUUGCAUAUGCAUCUAUAUUUGCAUGAUUAAUUAUGCAUAAUUUAAAAAUGAGACAGGGUAUCAUGAAUCCGAAGAUGAUUUAUUGUAUAUUCUGUGUUAUGACUAGUGCAAUGCAUACCAAUUUUGUUAAAAUUCGGUAGAUUGAUAGCUGAGAUCUUAGGAGGAUGGGGGGGGGGGGAAUUUGUAGUGGUGGGCUAUGUCAUUAUUCUAUUUAGGUGUCAAAAUAACCAAUUCUUUUUAGGGUUAAUUUUUUAGUCUCCUUGCCCCCUCACAGAGAGUCUUGAAUUAUUGUAAGAUGAUGCUGAUAUUGGUUCCAGUAAUAAAUAUGUGCAUCUACUGCCUUUUGUCAGUUAAGUCGAUGAGAAACAUUUAUUGCCAGUUGCUAUGAUAUUGUUACAUAUUUUAAACAUAAGUUUUGAUUUUAUUAAGUAAUUCAGUAAACUUGUUUUAAGUUCCUAGUCAUUUUAUCAUACACCUUUACAUUUAUUUUACAGUGAAUAUAUAUCUUUGUAUGUAUCUUUUUAAAAUUAUGUCUGUUUAUAUAAAGCAAUGUAAUCCUCUUCAUUGUGAGAGCGUACAAAAAGAAAAUAGCUGUAGAAUUUCUACAAAUUUUAUGUUAACUUUCAAGAUAUAUUUCUUAUUCACCACCUCAUCCCAACUGUAAUGAGAAUGCCGCAGUAAUGUAUGGAAUAUAAUUUAUUCCACAUAACAUUGACAUGUCCUAUCACAAGAAUUAGUAAUUCCUCCAUUUGAAAAAAAAAAUUAAUUGUCAUACAGCCAGUUGCCUGGUUACCCAACGUUCAUUUUGAUUUCUCAACAACAACUCUCCUGGUUUGGAUUUUUUGUUUAAGUUUAACAUACCUUGUCCUUAUUAGAUGAUAAUAUGGAGUAAAGUAACUUUUUACCUCUUUUUGUGUCAGUGGAAUAAAGGCUGAAACACAAAGAGGAUCAGACUCCAGUAAGAACAUAGAUCAUACAGUCCAUUCAUGUACAUGUACCAUGUGUUUUAGCUCAUGCUGGCACAAAGAGCUGUGCAUAGUGGAAAUGACCUUACCAAGGUUUCGACAUUUGACCUGUCCAUUAUGGCUAUAAUCAUGUGAUAAAAUAAAUAUCAAUUAACUUGGAUACCACUAAUUAUUUCAGAGUUAAACAUAUACAAAAUAUUGACAUUGCAAAAAUCAUAUGGAUGCAGUCACAAUAUUGGACAUGGACAGUUGCCCAUCAACAAAACCUCAGUCUGCAACAAAAUAAUAAUACAUCAAAAUCUUUCAACAAAAAUAUUCCUAAUAAAAAGUACCAGUACCAGAAUCCAGAGAUUGCAGCAUUUUUGUAUUUCAUAAUGUGUUUGGGUCUCAGGGACUCUGAGUCUGCUGGAAAAAAAAUGACUUGAUUUGCAAGAGCAAAUUAUUUCACUAAGUCCAUAUCUAGGCCUCUUGUAAAUUUUUCAUGUUUAUGAUAUUACUUUUCUUUAAGAGUCCAAUAAAAAAUGACCGCUGUAAAAGGGUACAUUCUUAUAAGACAUUUGGAAAUGAAUGUGCUAAAGACUGCGAUAGAUCUUAUCUUUAAAAGUAAAGAAAUAUCUUUUUGUUAAUCUUAAAAAUGCUCCCUCUCUCAUGUCUAGCUCAUCAGUGUGAACUAUGUAAAAUAUAUGUUUUCACAUGAAAUGGUAUUUUAUAUUUAAUGUAGUUUGAUUAAUUUAUUGUGUGGGAAACUUUUGAAAUGGAAAUGAUAGCCGAAUACUUUUAUGAUGUGUUUAUGAAGACUGUAUUUUUAUGUUCACUUCAUUUAAACUUCCAUGUAUAAUGCUAGGUUCCUACAGUUGGUCUGUCAAAUCUGAUCUGACCCAAUCCAAUUCCUGUUUGUUCAUGUUUGGCAUGGUAAUCAGUAGCAAUCAACCUUUCAAUAGUAUCAAUCUACCAUCACCAAUAUCACUGGCGAUCCAUAGUCAGAGAAGGAAUCCAGAUUGCUAUGAAACAAGUAAGACUUUUCUUAUUCAUACCAUCCAAACACCAAAUCAUGCAUGUAGAUAUGCAGUGGGAUCUAAGUCUCUUACAAUCCACUUACACUGCCCGAGAAAGGAAUGUGACAUGCAACUAUUAUGUUCCCUAUUUGUCUACCAAUACCUCUUCACUUUAAAGUUCUAACCAGACGUAAUGUCUUUCAGGGAUUUCUUCGUUAUUGGAAUAUGUUGGUUUGAAUAUUUCCAAUAUCUAAAAGAAACACCACGGGUAGCACAGUUUAUUAUGGAAACUAUCGUUUACCACAGAAUCGUUCUUUAUUUUGUUUUCUAAUGUCUUCUAAAGAUUGAUUGUGCAUUAAUGAAACCACAACUUUCACGUUGUGUACAUAAUGAUGCCAAUAUUAUUGAGUCACUGGAUACAGAGGGAUGUUUCAUAAAGCUAUUCUAACUCAUGAGACUGUAAUAGCCUACUGUUCACCAGAAAUAUGUGAUGAUUGAAUUAAAGUUAAUUUAACUUGCGGAACUGCAUAAUUCAUGCGAUUAUGUAAACCAUAAACAAUCUCAACACAGAACUGAAAUUAUGUCUCUUUAUAGUUCUACUAAUGUAUGUGUUAUGAAUUAUCUUCAAUUGAACUGACAUUCUCCUUAAUCCUCAUGAAUAUUUAAAAGUUCAUAUUCAGUUUUGAUUGGAGAAAUAUUGUAAUUUUUAUUCGUGAACAGGAUUGUGUUUGGUUGUGUGAUUUCUGAUGGGCUAAUCAAGAGCACUGUCUCUGAACAGGUUUCUGAGAAACACUUGUGAGAAACAGGUCAUUAAAAAGAUGCAAUAUUAUGUAUAUUUUAAACAAAUGUCAUGUUGUUUGAAGCAUUUAAUUUAUCACGCAACUUGAAAAUUAUCUAUUAAAUGACUAUACUUAUGGAAAUACCAACAAAA